CGUUCUGAACCUGCCGCGCGCCCCGCGGUGGGGGAGGCGGCGCGGGAGGAGCGUGAGGGGACGGGACAGUGGGGUCCGUCCCCGGAGCCGAGCAGCCGAGUAUCUCGUUCCUCCGCCGCUCCCCGCCCUCUCCGGCGGUGGCGAGAACGGACCCACCCUCCGGCGGGACCUGCGCCCUGCCCUGCGCCCGCCGCCCAGCGACGCCCCGCGCUUCGCCGCCACCCGGGCGGCUCCUUGCGUGGCCCAGGACCUGCCCUGCGCCCGCACGAAACCCUCGCGACUUCCCUGUUUUCCUCUGUGCGCCCCCCUCGCCGCGGGGAAGUGACCCACCCUCUCCAGAGGAGCGGGAAAGAGGAUUUCGCCGGGCGCAUCGAAGCCGAGAGGGGCGAGCCAGAGUGGGCGCCACGCGGGGGCAUUGUGUGUGUGUGCGCGCGUGCAACGUAGUGUCUGUUUCGGAAAGAGCUCUGGGGAGGUCCUGUUCCUAGGGGGCGGAGCGCAGGGGACCGAGGCUCAGCUCUGUGUCGGGGCACAGUGCCGCUGAGCCUGAGCGCUGCUGAGGCGGCCGGCGGGACGGCGCGCGUGGCGGCUAGGCGGGCGCACUGAAAGGAGGCCGGGGCGCCCUCGGCUCGGCGGCGACCCCUGCCCGGAGGUGCCGGCCUUGGCGGCUCUACCCGCUUCUGUUCACAUCUGCGGACCCGCGCGGGAGACACUCGGACACUCAGAGCCAGCGCGCGGCGGAGCGUCCCGUCUGCCCCUCGGAAGAGCGAGGUCCUCGCCACCGCGCCGGCGGCAGGCGUCGGCUUUGUCGGGAGCGCGCCCGCCCGCCCCUCAGCUGCCCGGCCGGGAGCCGGAGAGGCGCGCACCAUGAGCGGCGGCGAAGUCGUCUGCUCGGGAUGGCUCCGCAAGUCCCCCCCGGAGAAGAAGUUGAAACGUUAUGCAUGGAAGAGGAGAUGGUUUGUGUUACGCAGUGGUCGCUUAACUGGAGAUCCAGAUGUCCUGGAGUAUUACAAAAAUGAUCAUGCCAAGAAGCCUAUCCGUAUUAUUGAUUUAAAUUUAUGUCAGCAAGUUGAUGCUGGAUUGACAUUUAACAAAAAAGAGUUUGAAAACAGCUACAUUUUUGAUAUCAACACCAUUGACCGAAUUUUCUACUUGGUAGCAGACAGUGAGGAAGAGAUGAAUAAGUGGGUUCGUUGCAUUUGUGACAUCUGUGGGUUUAAUCCUACGGAGGAAGAUCUUGUGAAGCCCCCUGGCAACUCUGCCCAGGCGCCAGCCGAUUUACCUUUGGCGGUCAACACAGCACCGCCGUCCACCCAGGUAGAUUCAUCCUCCGCUGCUCCACCUCCUCCCUAUCAGCUAAUUAAUCUUCCACCACACCUGGAAACUGUUGGCAUCCAAGAGGAUCCUCAAGACUACCUCUUGCUAAUCAACUGUCAAAGCAAGAAGCCUGAACCCACCAGCCAAGGGUCAUCUUUUGUUUCUGAAGAAGGAGAGGAAUACCUACUACUAGAAGAUUUUGAAAGCAAAACGAUUCCGUUGCAAACACAUGCUGAUUCUGCAAAAUCCACCUCUUCUGAAACAGACUGCAAUGAUAACGUCCCUUCUCAUAAAAAUCCUGCUUCCUCCCAGAGCAAACAUGGAGUGAAUGGCUUUUUUCAGCAGCAAAUGAUGUAUGACUCUCCACCGUCUCGUGCUGCAUCUGUUUCUGUAGACUCCAGCCUUUAUAACCUGCCCAGAAGUUACUCCCACGAUGUUUUACCAAAGGUGUCUCCAUCAAGUACCGAGGCAGAUGGAGAACUCUAUGUUUUUAAUACCCCAUCUGGGACAUCAAGUGUAGAGACUCAAAUGAGGCAUGUAUCUAUUAGUUAUGACAUUCCUCCAACACCUGGUAAUACUUAUCAGAUUCCACGAACAUUUCCAGAAGGAACUUUGGGACAGACGUCAAAGCUAGACACUAUUCCAGAUAUUCCUCCACCUCGGCCACCGAAACCACAUCCGGCUCAUGACCGAUCGCCUGUGGAAACGUGUAGUAUCACACGCACGGCCUCAGAUACUGACAGUAGUUACUGUAUCCCUACAGCAGGGAUGCCACCAUCACGUAGUAAUACCAUUUCCACUGUGGAUUUGAACAAAUUGCGAAAAGAUGCUAGUUCUCAAGACUGCUAUGAUAUUCCACGAACAUUUCCAAGUGACAGAUCUAGUUCACUUGAAGGCUUCCAUAACCACUUUAAAAUCAAAAAUAUAUUGACAGUGGGAAGCGUAUCAAGUGAAGAACUGGAUGAAAAUUAUGUCCCAAUGAAUCCCAAUUCUCCUCCACGACAACAUUCCAGCAGUUUUACGGAACCAAUUCAGGAAGCAAAUUAUGUGCCAAUGACUCCGGGAACAUUUGAUUUUUCUUCGUUUGGAAUGCAAGUUCCUCCUCCAGCUCAUAUGGGCUUCCGGUCCAGCCCAAAGACCCCUCCCCGAAGGCCAGUUCCUGUUGCAGACUGUGAACCACCCCCCGUGGAUAGGAACCUCAAGCCCGACAGAAAAGGUCAAAGUCCUAAAAUUUUAAGACCCAAACCCCCUGGUUUAGAGCGAACUGAUUCACAAACCAUAGGUGACUUUGCUACAAGAAGAAAGGCCAAGCCAGCACCUUUAGAAAUAAAACCUUUGCCAGAAUGGGAAGAACUGCAAGCCCCAGUUAGAUCUCCCAUCACUAGGAGUUUUGCUCGAGAUUCCUCUAGAUUUCCCUUGUCUCCCCGACCGGAUUCAGUGCAUAGCACAACUUCAAGCAGUGACUCACACGACAGUGAAGAGAAUUAUGUUCCCAUGAACCCAAACCUAUCCAGCGAAGACUCAAAUCUUUUUGGCAGUAACAGCCUUGAUGGGAGAAGCAGUCCUAUGGUCAAGCCCAAAGGAGACAAACAAGUAGAAUACCUAGAUCUGGAUUUAGAUUCUGGGAAAUCCACACCACCACGUAAGCAAAAGAGCAGUGGCUCAGGCAGCAGUGUAGCUGAUGAGAGAGUAGAUUAUGUUGUGGUUGACCAACAGAAGACUCUGGCUCUAAAGAGCACUCGGGAAGCCUGGACAGAUGGGAGACAGUCCACAGAAUCUGAAACACCAGCCAAGAAUGUGAAAUGAAAAUAUUGCUUCGCUGUUUCUGAAUAACGAGAACUGAAUUGUAAACAUAAAUCCUGUUUGAGAUGACCUGACACUUCUAUUCUAGGUAGAUCCUCAACUGAGUACAAUUGAAGUCAGAGGACUUUUCACACAUAAUCAAGCAAUUUAGACUGUAAAUGGUGCUUUGUGGUAUCUCAACAAUCCAUAACAUGUAAAUAAUGUGGGAAAAUACUAUUGUUUAGCUCCCAGAGAAACAUUUGUUCCAUAGUUAACACACUUGUAGUAUUACUGUAUUUAUGCACUUUUUCAUUUAAAACGUUGGUUUGGGUAUUCCCAAAUGUUCCUUAACAUAAUUCCUUUGGGAGUUCUUGUUUUUCCUCACACUACUCUAUAUAACAAUACUAAGUUAACUAAGCUACUUUUAGAUUUGGAAAUUGCUCUUUAAACUGCACUCUAACAACAUUAAAAUGAGAAGUAGAUUUACAAUUUACCUGUCUACCUGAAACAUCAGGUGAUAGCCAUUAGCCUAAACUACACAGUAUAGACGGGCUCGUCAUUCACUGCGUUCCAAAGUGCUGAGGAUAAUGUAUGUACUGGUGUCAGGAACUAAUUCUCUGGUUCAUGUACAUUUAGUUUUCAAUGGUGGAACUUUAUUAUAUUUUGUUAAUUACAGUGUUUUUGGUUCAUUGAGUGAAGAUUCUGCCAGGUGGGAUCUUGCACCUUGGGAAGACUGAAUAAUUACACUAUCAAGUAAGCCUACAGAUCACUUACCGGCAUGCAGUGAUGAUGUGCUCUCACACUUGUUAACAUGUAUUAAACUUUACAUUAUUUGCAAAGAUAGAUUAUAUAACCAGGUACGUACCAGGCACUGAUGUGCUAAUACACUGAUCAGGUUUAGACAAUGAGCUUUAGUUGUGUUCUUGUUAGUCCUAAUAUUGGUUUCCAAUUUGGACUUAAGGAAACAUUCACUGUUAGUUAUAGCAACAUACUGUGAUUUUUUUUUUAAUUAGACAGUAAUUCAGAUUUAUUACUCUAAGAAUGAAAUUCUAUCUUUUGACACCAUAGUGCCCUUUCUAUGAUUUUUUUAACUUUACUUAAUAUUCUUCUUGGCCUUAUAUUUAAAUCCCUAUGCAAUUAAUAUUUUAUAUCUACAUUUUUUUAAAAAAAUAGAUGUUCUAUAAGUGAUUCUUGUAUGUAGCACCAGUUGCUUUUCCAGUAAAAGAAUUAAGGAUUUUGUACUGUGAUUUAUAUUCACUGCCCUAAUUUGAGAAACUUUGGAGUAUUGUUAUAAUGUGAAAUCUUAGAGUCAUGAACCUCUUCCAACCAGAUGUCUGAAAUCACCAGAGGAAUUAUAUAAUUCUGUCUCACCUGUAAUACGGUCCUGUGAUACGGAUAUCAAAACCACAAAUUAUAUAUAGUGAGACUACAGUUGUAUUUAUCUGUUUUGGCUUUGCAGUGUAAUUUAGAAAGCAGGUAUAAUUUGUUUGUUUGCUUGUUUUUUUAACUAAGUUACAAACAAUCUCUUAUGUAUUGAUUUGGGACUUACUAACAGUUUUUGGAGGAGGCAGAGAUAAGAGUACCCACAGCUGAGGCAUGACUCCCUCCAUUCAGACCUCUAACUGUUGCCUGAACACACAGAUGUGCCCUGAUUUCUGGUCUUUUGGCCAUAGUACUGUGCCUAAUCAAUGUAAUGGGUUUAUUUCCCCAAUCCACGAACUAAAAUUGUUCAUAACAAGAUGAAUUGUAGACUAGUAACAUUUGAUGCUUUUAAAUGUUUGCUUCUUUUUAAACAAAAACUAAAACUCAGAAGUGAAUUUUCAGAUGGAUUUUUAAAUAAAAAAGAUUGUUUGAAUUUGGUGUGCACAAGCUGUUUUGUAGUGAAACCACAAAAUAAAAUCCAAAGUUACUGAAAUGUGCCUAAACCAUUAAAACACACAACACAGUUGAUGUGUGAAGAUGCUAAAUUGUGUUAUGUGGAAAAUGAAUGUAUUUUCAGAAUUAUAACACAAUAAGUAUAUUAUUAAUUCAAAAAUGGAAUCUUAUCAGAAGAGUUCUAAGGCAAAUAGACUUUUAGUGCAGUUUUUCAAUUUUUUACAAGUUACCUUUUUGAAGAGCUGCAGCAUUCUAAUUGGUCGAAGUUUUUCCCAUUGUGCAGAGUAAUCUAAUAACUGAAAUGUGUUAGACAGUUUUAGCAAAUGAAAUCACAUUAUACAUCGUAUUAACAGAUUAAAAGAUAGUUUCUUACAGAGCAUUAUUUUCCAAACAUUUGUUGAAUAAAAUUUUGUGUAACCCCAA